UCUGGUCGUGGUGCGCGAGGCUGCCCCGGCGCCGCGACCUUGCUCGGAGACGCCGGCGGAUGCCGUGCGCGCAGCUUCCGGGCCGGGCCUUACCCGGAGUCCUGUGGUGGGAUGCGCCUGCCCGGCACCAUGCCCUGGCCCGGGCGGCUCUCCCUGCCUGCCCUUUCCCCCCACGCCUGUUCUCUUCCUGUGAACCUUUUCCUGUCCAUAGGGAAGCUGCGCCGUGCCCUGCUCCCGACGUGAGGCUCAUCUCUCUUGCAGUCGCAGAGCUGGGCCUGUGAUGAUCUUUCCCUUUUUUUGCCGCAAAACCUUAUGAAGUCACGAAUUUGUCCUUUAAAUCAACCUCAGCUCAAAGGGGUUGGGCUGUAAUGUGGACGUGGGGCUGUGUGCUGCGACUUGUAGUGGCUUGUAGAGGAUGAAUCUUCAGCAUCACUGCUCAGGUCGGAAAAUGUCUGCGCUUGAAACUCUCUUUAAAUACAUUGAUGAACACCAGGACCUCUAUAUUGAGCGCCUGGCGGAGUGGGUGGCCAUCCAGAGUGUGUCAGCAUGGCCUGAGAAGCGGCCAGAGAUCAGGCGCAUGAUGGAGGUGGCUGCCAAGGGCAUCGAGCGACUGGGAGGCACAACCCAACUGAUGGACAUUGGGAAACAGAGGUUGCCUGAUGGCUCAGAGAUCCCUCUGCCACCAAUCAUUCUGGGAACACUUGGCACAGAUCCACACAAGAAGACUGUGUGUGUAUAUGGUCAUCUGGAUGUGCAGCCAGCAGCACUGGAGGAUGGCUGGGAUAGUGAACCCUUCACUCUGGUAGAAAGAGAAGGGAAACUGUAUGGGCGAGGAUCAACAGAUGACAAAGGUCCGGUGCUUGCUUGGCUGAAUGCCUUGGAGGCUUAUCAACAAACUAACCAGGAGUUCCCAGUAAAUGUUAAGUUCUGCCUGGAAGGUAUGGAAGAAUCAGGAUCUGAAGGCCUUGAUGAAUUGAUUUAUGCUCAGCGAGAUACUUUCUUCAAAGGUGUGGAUUAUGUUUGCAUUUCUGACAACUACUGGCUGGGCAAGAAUAAGCCUUGUAUCACCUAUGGCUUGAGGGGUGUCUGCUACUACUUCAUAGAGGUGGAAUGUAGUGACAAAGACCUUCACUCUGGGGUUUAUGGUGGUUCGGUACAUGAAGCCAUGACGGAUCUCAUUACUCUAAUGGGUUCUCUUAUAGACAAGAAAGGAAAAAUCCUCAUCCCAGGGAUUAAUGAAGCAGUGGCAUCUGUUACUGAUGAGGAGCUGGCAUUGUAUGAGAACAUUGAUUUUGACCUGGAAGAAUAUGCAAAAGAUGUAGGAGCAACAAAACUAUUGCAUGACUCAAAGAGAGAUAUUCUUAUGCAUAGGUGGAGAUACCCUUCCUUGUCUCUCCAUGGAAUUGAAGGAGCCUUCUCAGCCCCUGGAGCCAAGACUGUGAUUCCUAGGAAAGUGAUUGGCAAGUUCUCCAUCAGGCUUGUGCCAAACAUGAUUCCUGAAGAAGUCACAAAGCAUGUUGAAGCCUACUUGAGCAAAAAGUUUGCAGAGUUGCAGAGCCCCAACAAAUUCAGAGUAUACCUAGGCCAUGGUGGAAAACCCUGGGUGUCAGACUUCAACCAUCCCCACUACAUGGCUGGUAGAAGGGCCAUGAAGGCAGUUUUUGGAGUGGAGCCAGACCUGACAAGGGAAGGAGGAAGCAUUCCUGUUACCCUUACUUUUCAAGAAGCAACAGGCAAGAAUGUUAUGCUGCUUCCUGUUGGAGCUGCAGAUGAUGGUGCCCACUCUCAAAAUGAGAAGCUAAAUAGGUACAACUACGUCCAGGGGGUGAAGAUGCUUGGUGCAUACCUCUAUGAAGUUUCCCAGCUGAAGGACUAAAUUAGACACCUUCUGGUUUAUGGAUCAGGAAUCUGAAUUUUCUUAGUGUUGUCAAUUACCAAGGCCUACAUGGUUCCUUUUCUACCAGCACUCCACCAUUUUGGUGAGGGAGAGGGAAGCAUGCAGUUCUACUUAAUGUUAUAUACCAAAAAUAUUUCUUUAAAUGCUUACUUCACAUGACACAGACUAUUCCUUAUCUGGCCAGCAGCCUUGAACUGCAUCUUUGUCUCUUUGGUAUCACUUCAAAGUUGUGGUUUACUGAUUCAUAUGCAUUUCCUGCAAAGGAGAAGGAAUGGUUCACCCUCAACUAUUUAAGCAACAUCAGUUGCAGCCGAUUUUGCAGUUGCAGAACUGUCAGCCAAGUUUAAGGUUAUUAUUCCUGGAUGUGUCCUGUAAGUAAGUAGUCAAAAGUGACAGAUUAUGGGGCUAUACUGGAAAGUGUUCAAGCUGUAAUGAGACAGCUGUCUUGCUGAGUGAUUUGGAAGAGCAAUUUGUCUCUUACAGUUAAUACCUGCCUGCAGGUUUCAGUUUACAGUGAAUUGGAUUCUAACAAACUGCUGUGAUAAUGACUGCUGGCCAUCUUUUUACAGCUACCUUUGUACUCCCUGAAAAGAACAAUAAAUAAUAAUGCUUCAGA